UUAAUGGACGUUAAACGUACUUUCUCUGACGUCAAGGAGCGCGACACGUGGGAGUUCACGCGAUAUUUCAUUGCUCCGACCAAUCCAACAUGGCGCCAUAGAGACGUUGUUAUUGUUCGGUCCCAUGUUCAAGCUCUUGUAGUACGACGAAAACUACGCAGAAAACGGCCGAGCGUGUUCAUGUUGGCAUGAGAGCAACAUCUGGGGAUGAUGAUAAGGUCUACCGGCUUCUUCCGAGGGAUUGACUGCCCGUUUUACACGGAAUACAGCGAGGGCAAAGGCAGCAGGAAUGGGUGUAACAGACCGUACUGUCACUUCAGGCACAGCCAACAGAGACGGGCGUCGUACGGAGCACCAGCUGAUGUUACAAAGCAAAGAGACCUGCACUCCGCACAGAAAGAACAAGGAUAUGAUCCCUUCAACCCAGAAGUUGUGAGGCCCCAGGAGGAGCAGAAUGGAAAGCCGGCUGCUUCGGGGGACCUUACUGGUGCUCUGGAGCUGGUCAACAAAGCCAUUGAGGAGGUCCGCAGUGAGGUGGAGCGGGAGAAGAGGAAGCUCUCUCGGAUUGGGGAUGAACCGUACGAUCCCGGCAAAAGUACAAAGUUGUCUACAUCUGAUGCUGUUAAAAGUAAAACGCCACCUUCACACAUGGCCUAUGACCCUGGGAGUUAUCAGAUGACCACUGGCGGUUAUAAUCCCACCCCUGGCUGCAGCAAAUAUACCUUGGAUUCAGACAACAAGGGGAACAAUAGUAACUCAAUGGAAUAUGUUCCUACUUCAGUGAGAAAGCCUCCAUCUCGGACACACACACCUCAACUCCCCUCUCCUCCCCCCAGUCCAAAGUACUCAAACUCCACAUCCUCUAAGUGUAAAUACACUGUUGACAAUUCAAAACCAUCUACAGAUAUGGAGUAUGACCCGCUGUCCAACUACUCAGCAGGAAUCGCAGCGAAAAGCAAGAGGGACCGGGAUGCACAAACUGUUAAGACGGAGCAGCGAACCAUACACAAACAACCAGGAUCAGCUAUAUCAGAGUAUGUUGUAGCUCUGAAAAAAACACGACAGCAGAGUGUAGACUCAAAAAAGUACACUUUUUCUGACUCUGAUGGGGAGAGCUCUGGAACGGAGUAUCGACCCACCUCGCUAAGCAAUCUCCAGCAGAAAAAAGGCAAAAAUGCUUCUCUUUGGGACGCUGUGGGGAAGGAGAGAAAAGAAAAAACUGAUAGUAUGCAAAAUACACUGACACAGAGGAAUACAGAGGACUUGGCAGGGGACUCAGACAUCAAGGAAGAUAAUAAACAAAAGGACAUUUUAGAGAAAAAGAAGGUGGCUAGUCAAACUAGCCACAAAAAAAUUGCCAAAUCUGAGAAAGUGCAUAAACUUGAAAAGGAAGCAAACAUAAUGUUUAGUAGUAAAAGUAGGCCUAGUUGUAGCAGCAGCAGUAAAAACAAAGGGUCGAUAAAGAACUCAAACCAGGAUUCUGCAAAGAAGGAGAACAAGAGUCAUGGAACAAGAGACGAUAGGAAAUUUGCGGUUAAGGUUAAGACACAUGAUAAAGUUCAGAGUGAAGCCAGAGACGAAAAGAGAAGUGAUGGAAAGAUCAAAGCUGUUGAAAAAGCAAAAACAGACUCAAGCAAAAGAGAUAAAGAUAGAGAAAAUGGUGCAAGGGAAAUCAAGAAAAGCAAAAUAUCAGAGAAGGAAAAGGAACACAGCAAGUAUAAGGACCGGCAGCAGAAAAAUGGUAAACUUGAUAACAGUAAAAGAGAAAGGGAUAUAAAGAACAUUUGCAAAAGUAGUUCUAGUGGCGGGAGCAAUAGCAGUAAAUUUAAAGGGAGUUCUGCCAACAGUAAAGAUAGGGUGAAGCAAAAUGUCAGCUCAUCAAAUGGGAAAAGACAUAAGGACAAACGGCGAAGUCUAAGUCAUGCUGAUCUCUUUGGAGAUGAGAGCCCAGAGGAGGUCGAACCAAUAGUGAUGGACGAUGACGGCGAUGAUGACUACGAACACGAAGAAGUGUUGGUGAGAAAAUCUGCUGAUGCUUUAAAGAGGGGACGUUUGAACAAGAGGAAAGCGUCAGAGCUGACUCCGUCUUCUUCUGACGAUGAGGGGGAUCGCGGUGUGGUGGGCAGCGGGGCAGGUAACGGCGAAGUCGACGAUGUUGGAAUCGACUUCUCUAGUUUCCAGGAUGAUUUGGACUUUGACUCCGAUCCCAUGGAGGAGUGUUUGCGGAUCUUCAAUGAAUCCAAGGAUGUGAAGAUGGAGGACAAGGGAAGGCAAGCUAAACAGUCCUCCAGGGAUUCAGAGGAGGAGAGAAGCACAGAAGGCGCAUUAACCUCUCUCUUUCCCGGCCAAAAGAAGAGAGUCUCCCAUUUUGUUGCCAAAGGAAGUAGUGACGCUCCUUCUACGACUGUGGUGCGUCCGUACAAGAGACUCUCAGCCCAGGAGGUCUGCUACAAGCGUAUGCAGAUGGCACAGCAGCAAGCUGCUCAGCUUUCUGCUUCAGUCAAAGCUUCCUCUCAGAGCUCCGGCCCUGUCUUGUCCGGAGAGAGGAAGAGAAUAGCACACCGUCCCAGCCCACAGACAACAUCCUCCAAAACAAGUCCUGCAGAAGUUAAGUCAGCUGCCAGGCGAGUGUUAUCCCCCAGCCAGACCCAUCAGACUGUCAAGGCCCAAACCACUGCUGGCAUCUUGCCAAAGACCACGUCCACUGUCAUGCAGAGGAGGGUGGCACACACACCCACACUGAAGAGUAGUUCAAUGAAGCGCCCCAUCAUCCCCAUUGAGUUUGGGGCCAAAGUUCCCAACAACAUCCGCCAGCGCUACCUUAAUGCUUUCAUAGAUGAAUGCGUAAAAUUUUGCUCAUCAGAGGACGUUGCCUUCAACAUGGCCCUUGACGAGGAGAAGCUGGUGUAUGAGCGCAGCAGCAGUAAGAACAUCUACCUCAAUGUAGCUGUCAACACUCUGAAGAAGCUCCGCAGCAAGUGCAGCUCCUGUCCAUCGCCUGUCACCAAGGACCCAGGGUUAGUUGCUAACAGGAGGGCUCAGUCCCACGAAGAAGUUCUGGGAGGUCGCCUUGCUGCUACAACCAGCUUCACUGUCAACCGGAUGGGUAAACAGCAGGAGGAGAAACUCAUUGGAGCUACACUGUACAGGAAGCUGCAGGCAUACCUGAUGACAGAGGAGCAGCUCCAGGAGCACGGAUACCCGAGAGCAAGCCCAGAGGCUGCCGGCAAAGCCGUCAUUUACAACCUCCCCGAGAAAAAGGCCAUCUCCGAUCCUUUCAACAAGAUAUGCUGUCGAUGUGGAGCGGAGUAUAAGAUCAAUGUCAGUGGCAACUGUAUACGAAAAGAGGAAUGUACUUUUCACUGGGGACGAUUGCGCAGACAUAAAGUCGCUGGAGGCUGGGAGACCAACUACAGCUGCUGUGCUGCGGCUGUUGGCACACCAGGCUGCCAAGUUUGUAAGCAACAUGUUCAGGACGGGCGUAAAGAAUCAUUUGAUGGCUAUGUCACAACAUUCAGUAAAGCUCUAUCCCCAGAUGGCAAUGGAGGGGUGUUUGCUUUGGACUGUGAGAUGUGUUACACAAAGCAGGGCUUGGAACUGACACGGGUGACGGUCAUCGACUCUGAGUUGAAAGUCAUCUACGAUACAUUUGUCAAACCUGAAAGCAAAGUGGUCGAUUACAACACACGAUUUUCAGGUGUGACGGAGGAGGACUUGGAGAGCACCACCAUCACUCUGAGAGAUGUUCAGGCCGUGCUGCUCAGUAUGUUCAGCGCUGAAUCUAUCCUCAUAGGACACAGUCUGGAGAGUGACUUGCUCGCUCUGAAGCUAAUCCACAGUUCAGUUGUAGACACGGCCAUUGUGUUUCCUCACCGCCUUGGCUUGCCCUACAAACGUGCCUUGAGGAACCUGAUGUCCGACCACCUCAAACGCAUCAUCCAGGACAACGUGGAGGGCCACGACUCGAGCGAAGAUGCAUCUGCCUGCAUGGAGCUGAUGUUCUGGAAGAUCAAAGAGGAUGCAAAAGUCAAAAGGUGACCUCAUACCCCUCUGCUACACUUCCCACAGUUCUACUUCCUGCCUUCAUGUCCGAGUCAGGGAGACAGAGAAGUUCAGGAGGCCUGCACAUGCCUCCUGAACAAGAGAGUUACGGUCAGAGUGUCGUGGGGUGGGAGGGAUGCUUCAGUGCAGAUGGAAGUUUGCUGUUGCUACCUACUGAAUUGAAGAACUGCCAGUCCCUUUAAAGCAAUACCCAAAUUAAAAGUGUUUUCAUUUUCGUAUUAGUAUUUCAGUUCUAAAUAAUGUUACUUAGAAUGUAUAUUUGUUUAUUUUGAGCAGUAUCUCUUUUGAGGCCUCAAACAAUUAUAUGAAUAAACCCUUUCUAUAGAAGAAGUUAUUAAAAUAAUGGGGCAUUGUUCGCUGAACAAUGAUGAUUAAUAUGAUAUUCAUGCCAGGCUGUCUUCAGCCUAAAUUGCACUAUAUAAACUCUCUGGUGUGUAGGGCCCAAGUCUGAGUACCUCAUCUGUGUUAUUAAAGCAAUUGCUUCCAAUGCAUAACACAUUACCUGUUCUUAGUUACACUUAGUUACACUUAAGUACAUUGAUGUGAUAGUCUGUAAACAUGGCUAUGUAAAUGCAUUUGUGUUUUUCCACAUUGUUUUUUCACUCAUUGACACUCUGUUUAUCCAGUUAAUUUUGUUGGUUGGCUCUCAAAACCUAAGUAAUCCAAUAAUACUUGAUCAUAUUAAAGAUCCUCAGCAGAAAUGUAAAGUUUCUGGUUAUCACCUAUUUGGUAUGGUUGAUGGAAUAAAUCACUGUAUUUUAUAGCUACAACAAAAUAGUGAUACUAUAUCCAUGAGUGUCUCUGUGUCAUGUGCACUGCAUGAAAUAAAGCCACGGAAAUCAUUGUGACAGAAGGUAUGACAAUAUUAGGUUCAGUAUUGUUAAAUUUGGCCUGGGUUAUUAAUCACAAACACUUAUCAUUUAAUACCAGCUAACCUGUACUGUUUUAUGUUGAAAAUGACUGAAAGAAAACUCGAGUGCUGUAAAUAUGCUAUGUUUCCUUUUGUAUUUGUUCAAUUUUGGUUGUUUAUCUUUUUCUAUUAAAAGGUAUUAGUUAAAAGAA